AUGGUAUCAUCGUUGAUUCGCUCAGUUUUCAAAUUAAGAACUAUAAUAAAUUCAAAUAUUCAUUGCGAUAAAUGUAUUUUCAUUAAAUCAGCGAUAGUUAAUUCUAAUCGAAGUUUUGAAACAAAUGCUACAAAUACGAAUAGCCAUGAUAAUAUCUCUUAUAAAAAAUUUGAUAUACAAAAUGAUAAAAGUCUACAUUUUAAAGAACAUCGUAUAAACGCUCUUUCAGCUGAAAAAAUUAUUGAUAAUCGAAUCAAAUUUCUAAAAGAAAAUAUAUAUAAUCAUGUUAAUUAUAAAUUAUUAGAAGAUUUUCCAAAAUGGCUUAAAGGAUUACAUAUGCAAAAUCUAGCUCAUUAUUUCAAAGGAAAAACAUGGCAAGAAAUCACAAAAAUGGAUUAUGAUGAUUUAAGAAAAUUGGGCAUUACUGACCAUUUUACAAGAUCAAUAUUAGGAUCACAUUUUUGGGUUAUUCAAGUUGAUUAUGCAAUAAAGUUCGGAUUACCUAUACCAAAGAAAAAAUUUGCAAAAGGUUGGAAACAAUUUUACGGGAAAGAAACUUUAGAAGAUUUUCCUGCCUACUUAGACUUAAUUAGAAUGAAACAACUCGCUCCAUUAUUUAAGAAUAAAAGAUUUAAAGAUAUUUUGGAAAUGGAUUCUCUAGAUUUAAAAAGUUUAGGUGUUGAAUUAGCAAAAGAUAGAAUUAAAUUGAUCAAGAAUUUUUGGCGCAUUAAACGCAGGAUUUUCUUUGAAGAGAUAAUCAAGCGAAUCGAAGCACAGGAUUCAAAAACAAAUGAUAAAUGUUAA